AUGAGUGGUUCAGGCAACCUCCGCAGCAACCGCCGUCGGGAGAUGGACUACAUGCGGCUGUGCAACUCCACGCGCAAGGUGUACCCAUCCGACACAGUGGCUGAGUUCUGGGUGGAGUUCAAAGGGCCGGAGGGCACGCCUUACGAGGAUGGCACGUGGAUACUACACGUCCAGCUACCAUCCGAGUACCCGUUCAAAUCACCUUCCAUUGGGUUCUGCAACCGCAUCCUGCACCCGAAUGUCGACGAGCGUAGCGGCAGCGUCUGCCUCGACGUCAUCAAUCAAACUUGGACCCCCAUGUACCAAUUGGAGAACAUAUUUGACGUCUUCCUGCCGCAGCUGCUGCGCUACCCGAACCCGUCAGACCCCCUGAAUGCGCAAGCCGCGCACCUUCUUCACGCCGACCGCGUCGGCUUCGAUGCGCUGCUCCGCGAACAUGUCAGCACGCAUGCUACGCCAGAGAAGGCGCUGGAGUCGAUCCCGGAGGCAUACAGGCCACAUAGCAGAACCAAUGGGGAAGCGGAGGGCACCAACGCCAAGGACACAGCCUCUGACUGCCCUGUGAAUGCAGGGCACUCAAAGGUAUUGACGGACUCCUCGGUAACACCGACAGAGGACCAUCAGGUCAUGCACGACGACAUGGCAAUGGACGGCAACGAGGACGUCGAAGCCGAGUACGAGCCGGAGGAGAUCGACCUUUAA